AUGGAGCCCGAAAAAUCUCGAGGCAACCGUCUCUUAGUAUUUGCCCUGUUAAUCAACUUAAUUUUGACCAUAACGUCUGUCGGAACCGUAAUUUACAAACUGCAGAUAUUGGAAACACAAGUCUUACAGCUUCAGUCAAGGCCAUCGGUGGCUUUGCAAGGUAAAACCAAUAACAAUGGAGAUGACGAAGAAGGCGGGCUAACACAAAGACGGAAAAGAGAAUAUGAGUUUUCUGGAGAUGGAGCUAAAAGCUGCGUCAGCUGCCACAAUGCUUGCAUGCAACUCUUUGGUUUGGGAGCAUCUGCGAAGGUAUGUCUAUUGAGGUAUUUAAUAUCUUAUAGUCAACCAUGCAUGGUCGUGUUGCCUAUACUCAACUAAUUUGCAAGCAAGCCUGUGGGUUGAAUCCGUGACCAAUGACCAAUGCUAAAAUAAAAGGUUCCUAUUGAGCGCAGGACCGUUUUAAGCACAUGUGGUUGCACACGCUUCGAAUGUUCUAGCACUGUCAAGUCUUGUGUAAUUGAACUAAGUUCGUCAUCAUUCCUUACUGCACUGGUUUGUCAGCGUUUUGUGAGAUUUUCUUCAGCUUUUUUCUAGCUGCUAUUGUUAUUGAUUUUAUUAAAACAGCAAAUAACUGUAUACCUUUACUUUCGAUGAUCAUUUUAUCAGCUCAAUACAGAGCUUCCAUGAAAAAGAAUACGAAGCUUGAAAUUGGUGUGUGUGACCCUGAAUAGGGUGAUGUUCCAAUGUAUCUGAUAUUAUUGGCUCCUUGGACUCAAGUGCACAAUCUUCUUUUGCGAAGCUUUAUUUCUUCUUAUAUUGUCUCAUUCUCCUAGUCUUCCAGUCAGCCCCAGUCGUUUUUUACCGAGUAUUAACCGGAUAUUUACUGAUCCAGAUCUACUGACCAAAGAUCCGAUAUUGUACGUCGACGUGAUUUUCCCCUUAUCAGAGCUUUUUGCCUUGCGCUACAUCACUUCGCAGAAGGCUAUUUUUACACAGGCUUGCGUGUUUGCCAUUAUUCUGAGAUACAAAGCAGCUACUAAAAUAUAAUAUUUUCUUCUACUCGCUCGACAAAUUUUGGAGUAACAAUCUUUCUGAUGUGAAAUAUACAUGAAAUAAUUCAUUUUUUUUUUUUUUAUGUUUUUUUUUUUUCAUUUAUGGUUUUAUUUUUUUAUUUCUUUCUAUUAACGAUAUUAACGGCUAUUGCCUAAUUGGAAGGUCACGCGAUUAUCUAAGAGCUGUCUAUUUGGGUCAAAUUGAGUUUAACAAAAACAGGAAACCUAUCACUUUUUUUUCUUCUGUUAUUUUAUUUUGUUGCUAGGUCACAGUAAACGCAGCAAGCAAUGGCACAGAAAAAGACGUAGUCUGCAUGAGAGGUGAGAAACUUGAUUGAAAAUGCUAGUGUUAACGUCAAACAAGUGCAUUGAAGAAAUGACGGCCACUGCUAUCCUUUUGUUUAAAGACAUACGGCUAUUAAAUUUAACCUGGUUAGACCAAACCGAGGCUCCUAAAACCCCUAAAGGUCUGAAUCAGCCACUGAAAGGUACCCUUAUUUUCAAGCAAUGAUUAGAAGUUCCUUGGCUAUUACUGCUGAUAACAGAACAAUUUAUAAACUCGUUCAUUACAGGUACGUCAUUUUUUUCGGAAAAUUAUGAAUAGUGUCGGAAAUCUCUACUUGCAGCUUUCCUUUCUGCGUUCAAUUUUUUCAAGUCUUUGGCACUGUUAGUAACAAUCGUGAUAACCUUUUGCAGGAGAACGAGGGCCCCAAGGGAAAAAUGGUCGCCGUGGACAACGAGGCAGGCCAGGCUACAUUGGAAGAGCAGGUAAACGAGGUCCACCUGGCGAAAGAGGACCCCGAGGACCCAGAGGAAGACCUGGAAAAGCUUUUGCAGGAAACACGUCCGAAAUGAUCGAAGACAUAGGUAACACUGGAUUCCAGGGAAAGGGCUCUAUAUAAACGUCAAUAUCGGCUAGAGGUUACUGUAAGUUUGAUUGUUCGACAUUACGAGUGAAAAAUUUUGGCUCAUACUCUGAACACAAAACAAACUUUUAAAUUUCAGAAAAGUGUACUUGUUCAAUCGUUUAACAGCCUUAAAUUCCCUUUUCCCCUUAAGUGUUUUUUUUUUAAUUCUUCCUUAAUAUUUAUUACUUAUUCUUGGUUUUUUUUCUUAAGUAUCGCCCAAUCCCGUCCCCAGGGUGCUUUUCCCCAAAGCCAGGGAAAAGAGCCCUGGGGACGAGGUUGAAGUAUCGCCAAAUGUAUGCGUUAAUGUGAUAAAUAAGAAGAUGAUCAAAAAUGGGUGAAGCAAACGGUUGGGGUAAGAAGAGUAGGGACUAACAAAGAACCCUUUUGUUUACCUCAGUGAAGUAAUGCAAUACAACAGCUGCAGCUAAUUUGCUUUUAUACUGACAAAGGUGAUCUAAAUUCAUAUUCAUAGAGCUGCCCAGAAUCAAGAAACGACCUCCUUCAAAUCUCACCACAGUAGAAGGAAAGAAUAUCUCUCUUCCAUGCUACUCAAAGGGUUUCCCUAAGCCAGAGGUUACUUGGUAUAAGAACGGUGAAAUGAUUGACAGUAGUAAUUACGAUGCUGACAUGGGAACGCUCACGUUUCUCAGUAUCCAGUACGCCGACAGAGGCUUGUAUAAGUGCGAGGCGAGGAAUUUCUUGGGAUUUGAUUCUGCGACUGUCGAGAUUAUUGUAGUAGGUAUGAGACACUAAUCUAAACUGUACUUUCAACAGUACAUUUAAAUUGUGGCAAAAAUCUUAUAUAGAAAGUACACAACAAGUACUUCACACGGUUAGUAUUCAAGUAGACUUUUGACAGAUUGUGGUGUGCUAGCAUAAUGUUUGGUAUAAUUCAUCAUUACCAACACAUUUUUUUUUUGUAGCACAAAAAUGUCCUUUAUUGAUCAUGCAACCAAUCUUCUUUGGCCCUAGAUCAGUGUUACAGGCAAUUUUAAGCAACAAAAUCAAUUUUUGGUCUGCUUAUUGUCAUAUUCAUGGGACCUGGCCAUGGGUCCCACAUGAAGUGACCCAGGACCUUUCCACAGGACUCAACGGAUGCGCAUGCAGCCUAGCCUCUCCUUACAGACACCGUCUCUAUAAUACUGACACCUCUCUAUUACGGACAGUUCGUUUGGUCCCAGAAAUGCCAAAAUCAUACAUUCCCAACCGCUAUAAUACGAACACCUCUGUAAAUCGGAGACUUAGUUCUGUCCCUUUUGUGUCAAUAUUAAAGAGGUUUGACUGUAUUAGCUCGGUUACCCAAGAUGGCGUCCGCAAGGUGGUUGUUAAUUGUUUGAGUUACUUUAGUUAUCAGGCAAUAAAUAAUAGUCCUUAAAGUUUCUAAAUGUUAAUGGGGUAAAUGUAUGACGUUUUCAACGAAUUUUUGAAUUAAUGAAAAGUAAAAAGUGCAAUCAUAAUUUCUGCAUUUUUUGCUAAAAUGAGCACAAUUUCAACGAAUUUUUAAAUUAAUAAAAAGUAAAAAGUGCAAUCAUAAUUUCUCCAUUUUUUGCUAAAAUGAGCACAAUUUACAAAAAAAAUAGCAUAAUCAUUGGCAACGAGCACUGCUAGUGGCAUAUUAUGCUAAAUUUGCGAGCACAGUCUAUCAAAGUCUAAUUUAGGAACAGAAUAAUAUCUUUUGGUGGGUUAUUUUUAUUCCAUGCUUAAUAAUCUUACAUUAAUCUUUUGCAGUGCCGCCACGCUUUGUAGAAGCCCCCGAAGUGUAUCACAUGGGAUACGAGACCUGGGAUACGACAUUAACGUGCAACAUUUUUGGAUAUCCACCUCCUGAAAUAAUAUGGACUCGGUCAUUCCGGACAUUAUCUGAUGGUCGCCACGUGAUGGCUGGGAAGGAUCUCAUUAUCAAAGAAACUCGCUGGGAAGACAGAGGACCAAUCAUGUGCAGAGGAGAUAACAACCUAGGUCACGUGUAUGCGCUGAUUGUCCUUGUGGUGAAACCUGUUUGUAAGUGGUCAAGAAAAUAGCCAUACUCACGCGAUGCCAUUACUUUGCUUUUUUUGUUUUAGAUAAGAUAACAACAAAAACAGCGACAAAAAAAAAUUCGGCGUAGAAACGGACGAAACAAAAUGACAUACUAUAGUUUGCAUUGUCAUGCAGAUCUUCUAUGAAAAACAUGAGUAUAUUGUAUCUAGUCCUGUACGAAUAAACACUGGCCGUAGUCAACUAUAUAUCCCUUGACACUGGAAAUACGUUAAUUCAAACAAAUUCGUACUAACGUCUUGAAUAAGUGAUUUUAUUGGCCCCUGUACAGACACUUUGUUCCUAUAAAACUUUACUCGCAUAAACAUUACCGUGUACGAGGAUCGAAAUAAACUCCGAUCAGAUUUAUUACGAGACGCAUUAUUUGAUUCUAUCCAUUAAUGGUAAGCCGACUCGUACUUUUAUGGAUAUAAAGUCCUUUUUUCGUUUUCUGUUAUUAGUGCCUCCAGUUAUCACUACCGCACCACCCCCCUUCGUGGCCGUAAAAAAGACGUAUGAUACAGUAAUAUUGCAAUGUGCGGCCCGGGGAUCUCCCGUUCCCACCCUAGAGUGGCGCAAAGAUGAAGCUAUCAUUUCUGCCAACACGACAUCAGACACUGAAGGAGAAGUAACAGGAGAGCUUGUUAUUCCAAAAUUUGGUCCAAGUGAUCAGGGCGUCUAUACUUGUUUCUUUAAGAACUACAACAACGGAACUGCGGAGACCUCAACCAUUGCAGGUACCAUUAUGAUAAGUAAGCGCUAAAUUACCCGCGAAGGGAUGAAAAAAAAGUCAAUAACAUUUUCACACACAGUAUUAAAGUGAUGAGAAAAAUGUGAAAAUAGUUAAUAGUGGUAUAGAUAAGCGCAUUUGAGCUGGUAUAAUGGUCCAACAAGUCUUGCAUCGCAUAGAUCUUGCUAAAUAAAGUUAUGCGUAUUGAUAGCCUUACAGGAUUAAAAAAAAAGGUCUCUAUCUCUUUAAUUUUAGAGCUUGUUGGUUGCGGAGAUCCUGGUUUGCCUGUGCAUGGUUAUAAGACUGGAGCAAAUUACUGGGCAGGACAGAUGGUUACAUUUACUUGUGACACAGGAUACCACUUGGAAGGACCUACAAACCGACUCUGUCAGGAAAACGGCAAUUGGAGCGAUGUGGCCCCAACAUGUGAUAAAAUGAAGUCUUUAAUUCAAUACUCAUAUCUGGGCUUUCAGUAAUAAGGAAUAUCGUAGGAAACACAAAUAAUAAUGAUAAACAAUUGUAUCUUCGUAUUGUUUUGUCUUUGUUUGUUUUGUUUUUUUUUUUUAACUAAGGAGAAAUAAGAAAGCCAGCGAAAAGCCUCGCUAAAGAGAAACGAGCUUAUUGCUACCACAAACUUGAAUGAACCGUUUUUUGAACGGCUCAGUAAUAUUUUUCAUUUAACAUUCGAAGCCGAGAGAACCUCCCUCCUUUAUAUCAUUACUGUAUGUGGGUCCUACUGAAGAACAGUAUUCCAAGGUAUUUAAAAUAUGGUUUCUCUUUAGUUUCUCCUAAACGGAGUCUUGAGUGUGUCCAAAGAAACCUGUCUUGAUUGCUUUUUUGAAAAUAUUUGGUUAUGAUACAUGCAACGUUUUGUUUUAGGUCACCGAUUGUGUGACGAACCUCCUCCACUCGAAAAUGGAUACAUUCUAGGAAAUGACUUCAGGGAAGGAAAAAAUAUCACGUACAAAUGUAACAAAGGUUAUUGGCUGAGGGGACCACCGGUCAGGAUUUGUGAUGGGGAGACUGGAAACUGGACCGUGGAAGCACCAAUUUGCGAAGGUAUAAACCAAUCCUCAAAAAAAGUUGUAUUUACAAUUUAGUAUGUUAUUAAGAGUUGGUCACAAUACAACAACAACAACAAAAACAACAAACCUUUAUUAGCAAGACUAUAGGCGAUUACAGUGCAAAAGGAUAGGGACUAAAAACAAUACAUUUCUAGUAAAAAUUAAGUGUCAUCAUUCUGAAGUGAAAAUAAACCAUCACGUAAAUUAAUAGCCUGCGAGCAAGCUCUCCUAUUUGGGCUAGCGAAGCGAGUCUCGCGAGAAAGCGCGAGCGAGCGGCGAAGCCGCGAGAGGCUCCUCGCUCGCGCGUUCUCGCGCGGCUCGCUUCGCUAGCCCAAACAGGAGAGCUUGCUCGCAGGCUAGUAAAUUUAUUAAUGAUGCAACAAAGUUCAUCAGUCGUAAAUUAACAAAGCUAUCUUUGGAAUUCAUUAAUUUAUCAUUACUAGGUCCAAGUAGGGCAUUUGCUUAAAGUUUGUAAAAUAACUUGAUGAAAAAAAUAUAUAUUCUUUAAAGUGUUCCCUGGUUGAGGAGAUACAGGUUGAUCACAAUACAAACUCAUUGAGAUAAUACUGACUGUCUUAUUGAUUUUUUUCUAAAAUUAAGAAAGGUAAAUAUAACGAUCAAUACAUGAUACCUUGUAAAGAAGUCUUUGAAAAAAGGUAUAGUCUUUAUCUUGUAAGUGAGACGCGGAUGAAAUGCAUGCUUAUUGAAGUUUUGUACCUGCGUCUCCUUUACACAGUUGCAUACGCAUUCAAUUUCAAGUUUAUUUAUUGAUAUUAACUAGGGUAUCUAAAAGAUAGAAAUGCUGCGGCACAUUCUGUUGAUACUGGCAUUAGUUAGGCAGUGGGACUUAAAAGAAUCGAAAGUGACAUUGAAUGUCCUGUUUGCAUGUUGGAAAGUACGAGAAUAAUUACUAUCAGUCUAUAGAAAGAACUCGUGGGAACAUUGUUUAGAAAAUGAUCAAGGGGUUAUCAACUCUGGUUUUCCCACAAUAAAUGGUAGGAAAUGAUAGAAAUUCAGAUUGUUUAUCCAUAUAUUUAAUAUAUGGUGAACUAUCUUUUCUCUAGAAACACGAUACUUUUCUUGCUGUUUAUUGCACUUUAUUAAGUAACAGCUAUAUAUUUAUAGAAAACAUGCAACAACACAAAAAACGGAAAAAAAAAGAAAGAAGGAAAAAAAGAGUUCGGUAGGACUCGAACCGGGCACCAUCGGCUCGACGCGACUACACCGAACCACUAAACCACAGAGACUGAUUACGUAAUCUUGGGAAAAGCCUUUAAUUUAAUGUCUUUUCUAUGAAACUUCCGCCGGCAAGAUGAUCGCCAGCCGCAUUAAUCGAGCUAUUAACAGUAAAAAAACAAUGUCAACGCAUAUUCCAUGGCAAUGAACGAAUGAAAGAACGUAAUUAUGCUUCUCAAAACGCCGAUACACGUCCUCGUCUGCAACGUAGGACACAAAACAUACCGGUAUGUUUUGUUAUCUCCAUUUCCGCUGUUAUUUCGAAGUGAAUGGUCAAAAUCACACCCAUUUUCGGCUCAUACAGUUUCUUAAGAAUAGCAUGGCAUGACAUUUUCUCACUUUCACAUCACCUUCUAGCAAGCUGGAAUUUGUAUAUCACCCGUGUUGCGGAGACGAAGAGCAAAAAUGCUCGUCUUCUCGUAAGUUUUAACACCUGGACGAGUCAAAGGCUCUUGAAUCAAUCCCCAAGUUAACCAUCGUACUCAUCUGAAAGACUCCUGCGUGUCUUAAAUUUGGUAAGACCUCUAACCGUGCUGUAGAAAAUUUGCUACAAAGAAAACUCUGAGUCUGGGCAGCGAACGAUGCGAACUUACCCAUGUUUUUAUUUGAGUUGUUCGUGGCGCAAUGCACUCUGGUUAAAUGCAAUGCAUUGUGGUAAAAAGUGAUGAAUUCGAGAAUUCGUCUCCCCUUAUAUAUUUCUCUUAAAUCCUGAUUAUGUUGCUGCUCGCUCCCUACGGUCGCUCCGCAGCAACAAUUUUCUGUACAACAUUCCUUUGUAAGGAGAGAUUUUCCAUGAAUUCUUUGUUUGCCUCGAGUAUCAUAUAUAGCUUUUAAAUAUUCGCUUUGACGUUGUUCUUAGUAAUUCAUACUGAAUUUGCAUAAAGAAGUUUUAGCUCCUCAAAAAGGCUCGUGCCAUUUUACUUUCCAUUGUUUCAUUUGUUUGUGUUCACUAACUAAUAAUCAUAGAGAAGCCAACAGUUUUCCUUAACAAACAAAAGUAAUUGCUGGUUCUCUUUUCAAUUAUAUACAUUUUACGUCAAUGUUCACUCUUGAAAGAAUACUUAAUUUCUUAAUAAUGGUUUAUUUGACUUCAGUCUAUUUUUCUUGAUUUAACUUCGAGACGACAUCUAUUCAUAGUAACGCCUUUGAUACAGGUGUACCUCGUUCUAAUUGCAACUUAGUUAUAUUUAUUUGCAAAAGUAUAUUUCAUUAAGUUGCUAGUUAAGGAGAGGUGGUAACCGAAUUUUGAAUAUGAAAGGUUUUGCUGUCUUGUAAUUUUAAAAUUAGAUCGGUUUUUGUUUAAGGUGAAAACUUCCAAUUAGUCUGCGCUUUUCCUGUUUAAACAGCCGAUAGCUGGACUUGCAGUUUAUAUUGUAACACUUUGUACAUAAACGCUGUUUUACUGACCUGGCUAGGUCUUUGUCUGAGUACUUUUACUUUUUAAAAUAGCAACAGUAACAAAAGAUUUCAGGUUAAAAAUAGAAUUUGUAUUUAGCUUUCAUUUAAAGGGACAGUGUCCCGAUUAUGCGCACGCGCGAGCGUCAUCUGUUUUUUCUUCAAAAGACGAUAGAACUGUCAUAUUGACUCGACAAGAUUUCCUUCCGGACCACACCGCCGACGGGGUUUUGUUGUUUAUAUUCUCAAGUAAUAUUUUAGACUUUCGCGAUCGAAGAAGUCUUUCGUCUUACAUAAAUAUUUGGCUCGCGGUUCGAAGACUCAUCGCGAUUUUAUCGCCAGCUGGGCCGCCUCGCGACUCGAAAAUCUCGUUUCGCUCGCUUUAAAAAUAUAUUUUCAAAUUUGAAACUCGUGUCAGAGGUCAAUUGUGCCAAGUCCAGUAAUAUCUGCGUGAUUUGCUCGCGUUCUAGCCUCAAACGUUGAAAGACCAAAAAAUGCAAUCUCAACGCUAUGAAUCAUCACAAAGGUUAGUAAAAAUUAUAUUAUGAUUUCAGGGCACUAGUUUUUCUAAACAUGUAGCGCCUGUUUGUUUGAUUUUGUCGGCCGUAGGGAGAUUCAUUUAAAAGUUUACUAACGCGUCGUUGCAAAACAUUUUGCUUCGCGAAGCUCCCCUCUACAAGAUCUCCUCAGCCCUCAGUCACAUCCAUGUAUCAAUGGUUUCUUUCUUACAGUCUCUAUUGUUGCUGAUUCAUUUCUGCGUAUUCCUUUCACAAUUAUCUGAGCUUGUAUGGAAGCUAGCAGAAGAAAUAAGCCUUCAAUCGGCAUCAAAGUGCUUCCAAUCUUUUGGUCCUCCGGCCAACGGCAAUAAAAGUAACACCAUAAAAUCCAGAUUUUGCCCAAAUCGAAACUUAACCGGAACAAUAUAUCACUUAUCUGUAAUCCUGAGAAGUUUAAUUGUCGUAUUGAAGCCGGCCAAGCGCGAUGCAAACGGAUUUUUCAAGGUUCUCUUACUCUCCUCGCAUCUUUUGAUUUCGCGACAUCCUGUCCAAAAAUCAAAGUUUGGUGCAUGCGCAGUAACGGGAUACUGUUCCUUUAACUCUAAGUGAUUUCUGUUUAUAUUUCUAUUGUAUUCUUUUGUCUUCAAUGGUUGUAAAAAUCAUAUAUAAGUAAGCUGCUUUGACCUGAUUUUUCGAUUACAUCGUCGAUUACAUCGCCGAUUACAUCGUCGAUUAUUUGGCCAUGUCCUAGCCGAGUUAUUGCUGUUUGAUCCGCUGAAGAAUAAACGCUGUUGGAACCAAGUUUAGUCUGUUUUAUCUACUGCUGUACCAGUUAGUGGUCAGAUCCCGGUCCUACGGAGAAGUGACGGCUCUUCCCCGCAAGUGAGUUGCCAUUUGAGUCUAGUUUUCCCCAGUUUUAUCGUGAGUCAAGCACCGAGUUCCCAUUGAGCCUUAAAUUCGUUUCAAAGUGGAAAAACCUUCCGUAACACCUUACCGGCAUUUUAAAAUCUAAAUCAAUAACGAAGACAGUUUACAAAUUUAGAGUACUUUCCUGACCCCGUGUAUUGGUUACUUCCGUAUCUGUAAUGGGUAUAAGUUACUAGCUUGCCCAGGCGAGAUUAUGCCAAGAAAUCUUUACAGCAAGGAGUCCAAAAGUGUCACCUCUUUUAAUUAAUUCACGUUCUUUCACGUAGACAUUAACCAAUUAGAAGUCGAGGACAGUUUCCAGCUGGCUUCUGAAUGGAUUAAAUCUAUACGAAAGAAUGUGAAUAAAUUAAAAGCGGUCACAGCUGCAACUUGCAGAAGUGAAUAAAGUUGAAGUUGAGUUGAACUGAGUUAUUUUGAAUUCGAUGUUUUUCACCUUGAUUCUACAGGACCAGAGUUUGAUCCAUCGACGAUCCUCGGUAACAAAACCAAGUACUGGGAGGUGCUGAAAGGUUGGUUGCAGCCUGUAUCUACACUGCCAUCUAAGUGGAAGCUCUGCUACCGAGCUACGGACCAUGGAUGGAGUUCCAGCACAUUUCACUCGCAGUGCAAUGGCCUGGGUCCCACAGUGACCUUUGUGAGGGUGGGAGAGUAUAUGUUCGGGGGAUACACUGACCGAAACUGGCGUAAGUAGUGGUAAUAAUCUGCGGUAUCAUGGGUUGUAUAGGUAUAUUGAAGCAAAGAAGAACAUCAGCUUUCACAAACUGGUUCCUCGAAAAAGCGAAGGAGAAACAAUCUGAAAGUUUGAUAGUGUCAUUGUCGCAUGUGACAUGACCAUCCAUAUCAGAGCCUGGAUUAAGAAGGGGUUUGCAGAAACUGCGCAAGUAUUUUUGAAAGGAAAUACUCGACCUUAUUAUAUUAAAGAAUGCUCUUGUUAGUCCGUUAACAAUGAUGUAUUACUAUAAGGACGGGUGCAGUAAGUACGUAUAUUUAGCCCAUGCCAUGGAGAAUACAUCCAAUCAGAGAGCUAGAAACCCGUUGCGUAUUCUUCGGUAUCCAAGUAUUUCACGAAAAAAUCCCGGCAAUACUUGCGGCCUCCACAUUUUUCCGCUGAAAAUAGAGCGGAUAGCGGCAGGCAAAAUUUUUCAUCCUACCAAAAUUUUUAGAAGCAACGUUGUAAACAAUUAACACUAUUAAUAAUAAGUUUAAUAACUAGUUUUAACUUCCAUUUGGGCUUCCUAGCGGUUAAAGUAUAAAUUAAAGUAACGAAAUCUAACAGAAAGGACAAAGAAGUUUAAGAAUCUGUAACUGAGAGAGACAAAAAUCAAACCGGUUAACCAGUAAUGCGAAGACUGAGAAGGAUCCACACUUGCACCUCGAAACAACAAGCUUAACUGAAAUCCCGCCAGAAAAAUCACAAAGGCCGAAUAUACUCUAUUACUUAAUGUCGGCAACAAAGGAGCUUCACCAUGAUUAUGCUGUUGUAUAAGCACUAUUACAAAGGCAGUGUCAUUAGCAUUAUGACUUAGACUCAUACUACGGUAAAAACUUUGUUGUCAACCCUUUGAGUUGCAUAUUUUGAAAUAUGUGCUGAUGAAAUCAACAAAUGAAUAAUCUUUCAACUUUUCGAAGUCUGUAAGGUGCAAUCCACUUGUAAACAGGCGUUUAUUUAGACGACACAAACCAAUCCGUACAACCAAGGGUAUAUAUAUACGUCGGACAAGACCAAGCAAUCCGUACAAACAAGGAUAUAUACAUUGUCAAGCGUUAAAAACGUCAUUACUUCGUGUGAAUUGCUCCAACUGAUUUAUCGAGUAACUCCGUACAACAACAAAAAGCUCAUCGCGUGAUCUAAAAGGGCGGGAAACAAGAAAACAGGGAACCCAGCCGCAACAAGGUCGCAAGAUGCAAGCGAAUUCCUUUUUUAAUAAGUUGAAGAAAGAUAACAAGAAAUAGGAAAGAAUCUUCAAAACCAAUAACUGUUCUUAUCUUGUGGCACAGUGAGUUUUCGAGUAGACCAUAAAUUAUAGAUGUAUGAUCAUCUAUUUAUAGUCUCGGUUGAAUAAGGCCCGUGCGGGAUCGGGAUGGGUUUAGUGGGCUGUGUUUCUUUUAUUAGCUGUUUAGUUCGCUGUCUGUUCUGGUUAACUUGUCGUUUUUCAUAAAGUACAGUAUUUCUGUAUAUAGUCUAGAAUUUGGCAGCCCAGUGCAGUCGUUACUCGGCGAGUCAAGUUAAUCUUUUAAUUUAUAUCUGACGCAACUGAUAAUUUUGUUGCAGAUUCUAGCAGCUCCUACACACAUUCCGUCCAUGGUUUCCUAUUUUCCUUUAAAAACAAAGAUGGACUGGAGCCUUUCAAGCUUCACAUAAAAGACUAUCAGCAUGGUAUCUAUGGAAACAGUGGCUACGGUCCAACAUUUGGUGCCGGCCAUGAUAUUUACAUCGCUGAUAGUGCCGGUUCCAACACCAACUCGUACUCUAAUUUGGGUCGCAACUACGUGCAAGUAUCGGGCUACAAAUAUGGAGCAAGUGACACUCAAAGCCUGCUCGCUGGAAGCUACAAUUUCCAGCCCCACGAGGUGGAAGUGUUUUAUCAGACUUAUAAAAACUAA